AAUGUAGGUAAGAAGAGGGGUGAGUUGUUUUAAGGGUGAUUCAUGUCAUGUAGUUACAAAGUAGGUCUGAUAAAUCUAUGUACGUUAUAGUUGCCUUUGCCAAAACUUCGGUUUCUGCAGACUGCACAUUGCAGCAAUUUCUUGUAGUCCUCGAAGAUUUAUCAAAUAAAAUACCACUAUCGCGAUGUUCUAUAACCGUAUACAAACCACUGCUAAAUCAUUCAAUAUAUUUUGUCAUAAAUUUUCAUUAAAUGUGAAGAUCAAAAUCAUUUUCUCUGAUGUUUCCAUAAUCUUAGUUCAUUCAACAGUGACUUCCAGGGCACAGAAAAGGAAGGACUCAUCACUUAUCAGACUCGUCGUAUUAUUAAUCAGUGAGAGUAAUGGAAAACGAAACGAAGGAAGUACUAAGCCCAAACAAAGGUUUAUUGCAAAGUCCAGAGUUGUAUCAGUAUAUCUUGGAAAGUAGUGUGUACCCGAAUGAACCAGAGCCUCUUAAGGAGCUAAGGGCUGUUACAGCAAGCCAUCCCAGGGCAUUAAUGGGAACAGCCCCGGAUGCAGGCCAGAUGAUGUCUAUGCUCUUACAGUUGGUAAAUGCUAAAAAAACAAUUGAAAUUGGAGUCUUUACUGGAUAUUCCCUGCUCCGCACUGCUCUGACGAUUCCAGAUGAUGGCAAGAUUAUAGCAGGAGAUUUGAAUCUCGAUACAUAUGAGAUUGGUUUGCCAAUUAUUAAAAAGGCUGGAGUAGAACACAAAAUUAACUUCAUUCAGUCUGAGGCCUUUCCGGUCUUAAAUAAACUCCUUGAAACGUCCAAUAAUGAAGGAAGUUUUGAUUUUGCUUAUGUUGAUGCCGACAAGAUAAAUUAUCAUAACUAUCAUGAAAGACUGUUAAAAUUGUUGAAAGUUGGCGGCCUAGUUGUAUACGAUAACACACUUUGGGGAGGUAGUGUUGCGAUGCCUGAGGAUCAUGUUGCAGAAAAGUGGAGAACCAACAGGCACUGGAUAAUAGAGUUUAAUAAACUUUUGGCAUCUGAUUCUCGCAUUCAAAUUUGCCUUGCACCUUUGGGUGAUGGAAUGACCAUCUGCAAGAGAUUGAUCUGAAAUACCACUAAGAUAUCACUGCAACACCCCGAAGCUUUGCAAGAUUGAAGAGUUGUCCCAUUAGAAUAACCAUAUGCAUAGAAAUUUAUAAGCGAAGUUUGAGAACGCGAUAUUGUUAUGUUUGAUCAUCUUGUAUAGAAAUUUGGAAGACUUGCAGCUUGACGAUCUUAAAUUUAUAUGUUGCGAGUCUCUUUGUAACAGUGACAGUAUAUGACAAUCUUUGUAAGAUUCAUAUUAUAUUUCAAAUUAAUUCUUUACCA